AUGAAGACCUUCGUGCUUCUUGGCUUUUUGUGUAUCAUUUUUAUUGACACCCAUGCCCAGUUAACCGAUGCUGGAAAAACUGCCAUCGUCAAUGCUCACAACAAACUUCGUUCUACACUUGCCCAAGGAAAAUACAAUAUCAGUGGAGACAUUCGACGCGCCGCUACUAACAUGAAAAUGAUAGGCUGGAAUGACGAUUUGGCUAGGGACGCGUACAGAUCGAUUUACCAAUGCCCGGCUAACAUUGGUAGGCCCAACCCCGCGGAGACUGGAGCCAAUAUUCGUGUCGUUGAUGCAGUGGGUACUCAGGGGCCUGAUGAAUAUGCCAAAGAAGCGGUGGCGUUCUGGGAAAAACAAUUCCAAGACAAAGGAUGGCCAGUGAAUAACACCGUCGCGAAUCUGGCCUCCCAAGGACUCGCCGAAGCCACCCAGAUGGCAUUUUCGUUGACUGGAGCAAUGGGAUGUGGUGUACAAAAAUGUGGUUCAAAAGUUGCUACAGUUUGCUAUUAUAAGUUUCCGUUGAAGAACGAUUACCUAAUCUAUGAAAUGGGAACAGUGUGCUCCAGCUGUCCGGAUUUCCAUGUUUGCAAUCAGCCUACAGGACUUUGUACGUAUCAGCAAGUUGGGAAAUAA